AUGGUAACGGCCGACAGCUACAAUGAAGCUGCGAGGCUUGCGGAACGACGACGCGUCUUCAACGUACCCGAAUUGAAGCGUCUUGCUGCCGAGUCGAUUAACCAAGGCGCUAAUGAUGUCGCUCGCUUCGAGAAGCUUGCCGAGGGGGGAUUCAACCGUAUUUUCCUUUUGACAAUGAACGAUGGGUCCCAAGUCAUCGCUCGUAUCCCGUAUCCUGGUACAGAACCGAAGUACUUCGUGGUAGCCAGUGAAGUGGCGACUUUGGAUUACCUUCGUCUGCAUGACAUACCCGUGCCCAAAGUUUUUGGCUACUCGGCCACCUCAGAUAACGCAGCGGGCACGGAAUAUAUCUUUAUGGAAUACGUCCGUGGACGGGACUUGGGCGACUUAUGGUUCGACUUGUCCGAGGAUGCCUGUUCCACAAUCAUUAAAAACAUUGUCGAGCUGGAAGCUCGCCUUUUUAGGCUACGAUUCCCUGCUAGUGGAAGCCUUUACUAUACGACGGAUCUGCGCUCCAAAACUGAUACACCAUCCGUGCCGGUGGAAGAUUCACCGAGCAAUGGCCGGUUCAGUAUCGGUCCUGACACUUCGUUACGAUUGUGGUUCGGCAAAAGACGGGAACUGCAAGUCGAUCGUGGCCCAUAUGAGACUGCAGAGGCGGCUCUGACCGCGGGUGCCAAAAAGGAGCUUGCUUACUUAGCUAGGUUUGGUAAACCGCUGCAACCCCUUCAGCCUAUGUAUAAAGAGUUGUACAAAUACCAGAAAGUGUCACAUUGUGGUCAGAUGAGGAAUUUGGAAAACUACCUACGUGCUGCGCCUCAUUUAGUGCCGCAAAACCUCAAAUUCCUUUGCGAGCCUACAAUUAGACACCCAGACUUGCAGCCGAAUAAUAUCUUGGUCUCCGAGGACUUCAGGAUCACUAGCUUGAUAGACUGGCAGCAUUGCUCUAUUUUGCCUCUCUUCCUGCAAUGUGGUUUCCCAGAUUGUAUACAAAACUACGGAGACGAGGUGUCUGAAUCUCUCGACACGCCUAAGCUACCAGACGACUUCGAUAGCCUGGAUGACAGCAACAAGUCUGAACAGCUCGAAAUUCUCCGAAGACGGCAUAUCCAUUACUUCUACGCGUGGUAUUCUGUGAAGUUGAACGCUAUUCAUGGUAUUGCUUUGGACCACGACCUUAGCAUUCUCAAGCGCAAGAUCUUCGAGCACGCGAGCCGACCAUGGGAAGGAGACAAUGUGUCGCUGAAAGCGGACCUCGUUCAUUUAGCGCAGAACUGGGGCAAGCUAUCCAACCCCUCGUCCGGCACUAAUCCGGGCGUCUGCCCAUUAGAAUAUCCGCCCGACGAGGCGAGCGAAUGUCUGAAUCUUAAUGCCGAGCAGAUCGAAUCGGAUGAAGAGCUACAGAUCUUCAGGAACUAUGUUGGCGUGGGGCCAGAUGGGUGGGUGCCGUCGGGCCGAUAUGACGAAUCCAAGCAACGUGAAAUGAAAUUGAAGGAACUUGCGCUGGAGGCAGCUGAGUCGGAAGAGGACCGGGCUAGGAUCUCCGAGAAUUGGAUCUUCAAGGACUAUGACGAGGAGAUGUAUCGGUAG